UGAGCCAUGGUGGGCUACGCCGAGAGGACAACAGUCAUUCACCCACUGCACACGAAAUACUCCUCUAAUGUUAUUACUACACAAACAAAUGUUAUGUAAUUCUCGGCCAUGAAUUCAGACGCAGCUCUGUUGCUAGAGACUGUUAAUUUCGCCGCAGACAAACAUCGAAACCAGCGUCGUAAAGAUCCAGAAGGAACGCCGUACAUUAAUCACCCCAUUGGAGUAGCGAGGGUCCUGAGCCAUGAAGGAGGCAUCACAGACAUUGAGGUUUUACAACAGGCUGCUCUGCUUCAUGACACAGUAGAGGACACAGACACCACUCCUGCGGAGCUUGAAGCAAAGUUUGGACCUAUUGUGGCUCGUAUUGUUCAGGAGGUGACAGAUGACAAGCGCCUGCCCAAACAGCAGAGGAAGCUUCUGCAGGUGGAACAUGCGGCUCAGUGCAGCCGACAAGCCAAACUGGUCAAACUGGCUGAUAAGCUGUACAACCUGAGGGACUUGAACCGCUGCACACCUGUCGGUUGGACGGCUGAGCGGGUCCAGGAGUAUUUUGUGUGGGCCAGUGAGGUGGUGAAAGGCCUGAGAGGAACCAACUCAGUCCUAGAGGAGAAGCUGGGGGAGCUGUUCAGACAGAGAGGGGUCUAGUUCUGACAACAUGGAAUAAUUUUGAGGGUUGUAUGAUUGUUUAGAUCAAGUUAACUUUUUUAUUAUUUUUUUUAAUGAUUACAAUCAAAUUAAGUAAAAAAUCAGAUUAAUCCAUAAUUUAAAAAAUACUUGUCAUUCUAUGGAAAUGAGUUACAUUAAUGCAGAAGUAAUAAUCAUUAAUAAAUCUAUUGCAAGCAUUGUUACCUGCAGUCUUCAUUAAUGCUUUAAUUUGAUGUUUAAGAAUAUAAACUGUUACCAAGGGCAUAGGUGUUGAUCCGGUCAUUGAUAGAGAAAACCUGUGUGUGUGUGUGUGUGUGUUCAGUAUGCACAGUUGCGGUGGGGUUGCACCUGUGUGUGGAUUUAAUAAACAAGAAUAAAACAG